GCGGCGAGCGCGGCGCGUUGUAGUCGUUGUUUGUGCGCCGCGCUUCAGCCAACAACCACGUGCACCGCGUCCACUUUUCCUACCGAGUCCACAUAUUAUUUUGUACCACGCAAGUCCCCACCGAUGUAAUCUGCACUCGAUUCUUCGGCUGAAGGCGGAGACGGAGCGCUGUCGGACCAGAUUCCACACACGCUGGAGGCGCUGCGCCGGCACUCGCGGCAAAUCGCCGCGCGACGCGUGCGCCGCGUACAGUUCUCGGACCGGUCGCAGGAUGGCGCGCGCGGCGACGGGGUCGAGAGCGGCUCCGAGAUGUCGGCCGGUAGCGGAGAGCGGCGGCCCUCCACGUGCCGCGUGGAACUGGGCACCUUGCUGGCGCCCGGGCCGCGUCCUCUUGACACCAAGGUCAAGAGGCACAGCAUCCAUGGCAUGACGGAGGAGGACAACGUGGUGCGGCCGCACCAGGAGAUGGCCGUGCUAUCGUUGGAGGAGAAGAAGUACCUGCUUGGGGUGGAGCGCGGCGACGUGGCCGGGACUCGCCGCGUGCUACAGCGCGCGCGCGACACCGGACACAUCAACGUGGACUGCGUCGAUCCACUGGGCCGUAGUGCGCUGCUCAUGGCCAUCGACAACGAAAACCUCGAGAUGGUCGAACUACUGCUCGAGUUCGGUGUAGAGACGCGCGACGCGUUGCUGCACGCAAUCUCAGAGGAGUUCGUCGAGGCUGUCGAGGCGCUGCUCGAUCACGAGGAACGUACACGCAAGGAAGGCGAGCCGCACAGUUGGGAGGCCCUCCCGCCGGAGACGGCGACGUUCACGUCGGACAUAACGCCACUGACGCUGGCGGCGCAUCGCGACAGUUACGAGAUCAUCAAGCUGCUACUGGACCGCGGCGCGCGUCUUCCGGCGCCACACGACGUGCGCUGCGGAUGCGAUGAGUGCGUGCGAUCGCGGCGCGAAGAUUCGCUGCGCCAUUCUCGCUCGCGGAUCAACGCUUAUCGCGCACUCGCUUCGCCGUCGCUCAUCGCACUCUCGUCCAAGGACCCGAUCCUCACCGCGUUCGAGCUCUCGUGGGAGCUGCGGCGGCUAUCGGCGCUGGAGCACGAGUUCAAGACCGAAUACCAGGAACUCCGCGGUCAGUGCCAGGAGUUCGCCACGGCCUUGUUGGACCACACGCGCACCUCACACGAACUCCAAGUGCUGUUAAACCACGAGAAGGGUUGCCCGCAGCCGCCGCCACUGCUCGAGCCAGGUGCUCCAGAGCGAAUGCGACUGUCGCGGCUUAAACUCGCCAUCAAACUGCGUCAGAAAAAGUUUGUGGCGCACCCUAACGUGCAGCAGCUGUUGGCUUCCAUCUGGUACGAAUCUGUGCCAGGUUUCCGCCGCAAAAACAUGGUGCUGCAGGCCGCCGAGAUGGUGCGCAUCGGCGCCAUGUUUCCGCUGUACUCGCUGGCCUACCUGGCUGCACCGCACUCCACGGCCGGCCGCAUGCUACGCAAGCCCUUCAUCAAGUUCCUUUGCCACUCCGCUAGCUACUUCAUGUUUCUUUUCUUACUGAUUUUGGCGUCGCAGCGCAUAGAGACGACAGCGGGCAUCUUCGGAGGCGGGCCGGCGGAAACGCCCGUGUCCCGACGCGGCUCGCCGCCCACUCUCGUCGAGUGGCUCAUCCUGGCCUGGGUUAGCGGACUGAUCUGGAGCGAAGUGAAGCAACUUUGGGACAUGGGGCUGCGCGAGUACGUGCACGACAUGUGGAACGUGAUCGACUUCGUCACCAACUCACUGUACGUGGCCACCGUCGCACUGCGAGUCGUCUCACAUUUCCAGGUCCGGCGCGAGAUGCACUUGGGCCUGCAGUGGAAUCAGCCGCGUGAGAAGUGGGACGCGUGGGACCCGAUGCUGCUAUCUGAAGGCCUGUUUUCCGCCGCUAACAUCUUCAGCAGCCUCAAGCUGGUGUACAUCUUCAGCGUCAAUCCCCAUCUCGGCCCGCUCCAAGUUUCGCUCAGCCGGAUGGUGCUCGAUAUACUCAAGUUCUUUGUGCUUGACAUUCUCGUAAUAUUCGCCUUCUCAUGUGGCCUAAACCAACUGCUGUGGUAUUACGCGGACAUGGAGAAGAAGCGCUGUCCGUCGGCUGGCGCUCACGCUCCCACCAACUCGACUGCGCCUCAGGACCCCGAUGCCUGCGUGGUUUGGAGAAGGUUCGCGAACUUGUUCGAGACGAUGCAGACGCUGUUCUGGGCGGCUUUCGGACUCGUGGACCUGGACUCGUUUGAGCUGGACGGUAUCAAGAUCUUCACGCGCUUCUGGGGCAUGCUCAUGUUCGGCACCUACGCUGUCAUCAACGUUAUCGUGCUGCUCAACCUGCUCAUCGCCAUGAUGAAUCACUCGUACCAGCUUAUUUCCGAGCGUGCGGACGUAGAGUGGAAAUUCGCUCGUAGCAAAUUGUGGAUCAGCUAUUUUGAGGAAGGAGGCACCGCCCCUCCGCCUUUCAACGUCCUUCCGUCGCCCAAGUCCGCGCUGUACGCUUGGCGCUGGCUGCAGCGACGUCUCUGCGGCCACGCGCGGGCCAAGCGCGAGCACAUGCGCACUAUACGAAGGAAAGCCAAGCAGACGACCGAACGCGAGUUCAGAUACCAGGCGAUCAUGCGCAACUUGGUGCGGCGCUACGUGACGGUGCAGCAGCGGCGCGCCGAAUGCGGCGGCGUCACCGAGGACGACGUCAACGAGAUCAAGCAGGACGUGAGCGCCUUCCGCUGCGAGCUCGUCGAAAUCCUGCGCAACUCCGGAAUGAACACGUCCACCGCCAACGCCGGUGCGCCAGGAGGCGGAGGCGGUAAAAAGAACCGGCAGAAGGAGCGUCGGCUGAUGAAAGGUUUCAACAUAGCUGGGGGUUCGCUAGCUCCGGUGGACGAGUUCUUCGCUUCGCUACACCACGACCACGGCGGGGCGCACGGUGGCGGUCAUCACGGCUCGCUGUCGGCUCUGCUCGGCGGGCGCCUACGCACGAGCCAGUCCAGUCUGUCCGACGGCCCGGGAGGGCCCGCUCCGCGGAAGCCACCGCACCACAAACGCCGCUGGGGGACCAUCAUCGAGGCGGCGCGGGCCGCGCGAGUGUCUCGUCUCAUCGGUCGGUCGCGUUCCGAGGACUCCGUCUGCGACCACGCCGGACCCUCACCGAGCGGCAGCGAGAGGUCCGACUCGGGCAGCGACUCGCAGCGAAGUCCCGAACGGGCGCCCCGCGGCAGGCCGUCGCAUCCGUUGAGCGCUCUGGCGGCGCUGAAGUGCAAACGCAAAAAGUUCGGCGACUCGCGGCGCCAGGCCGACGGCGGGGCGGAGGCGCUCCAGCGCGCCAGCUCGGUCCCGGCGCGAGCGCCCCCCGCCCCUCGCGCCGCGCCUCCCGUUCCUCGCGCCCCGCGACCGGCCGCGCCCGACGAGGCCGCGACGAAGGGAGGCAGCCGGGAGCCGCUGCUCGCCAGCCUCGAGGACGACGCUCUCAAGGAGAAGUGCGGGCAGUGCGGGUACGAGAGCGGCGGCGGCGAGUCGGCUAGGGCGAACGGAGCGAGCGAAGCGGAAGUGGGGACGGAAGCGUGCGGACGCUGCGCGGCGUUGGCUCGCCUCGCCGGCGUCACGCCGCUGCACGGCCACGCGCCGCAUCACUCCGCCGGAUGGCUCUGAUCGCCGCCGCGCACGAGCACCUACAGUUGUAUCUGCGCGUCGCGACGUCGACUUCGGGAUACAAUUCAGAGAUGUGAAAUCAAAGAUCGGAUUCGGUUUAUUUUAAAGUGCCGAGAGUAGAAAUGUCACAUUUUAGACAAUAAGGUUAAGCGUUCUCGAAUUACGAGAAAAGUAUGUGUUCCAGAGUGAUUUCCGAAAUAUUUUAAUUAUAAAAGUAAGAAUUGAAAUUUGGAGUUUAACGUGCGCAUGUUCGAGUUCGCGUUUCGCUGACAACUUUUCUAAGGAGCCGGUCGCAUUCAGCCUCGUGCCUUCCGAGCAAUCGCCGCCGUCGAAGCGACCGAACGUACGAAUGCAACGGGAACGACUCGGGUGCGAGACGUUCAGUCGAGUAGAGUAUUUAGGCACUUAGCGUUUAGCGUUUAGCACCUCUUGCGAACCUCGCAGCUGCGGAUUCGUCGCUGGAGUCGAGUUAUAUUUUGUAAGACGUUGUUUAUAGUUCCUUAUACAUUGUAUUUGUAAUAAAGCGAGCACCGCGAAUCGGCCUUUCGUUCCGCUCCCGCGCCCCGUUCCCCGAGUCCCCUUUAGCGUUCAGAGGGCGUCCAGGUCGAGGCGGCGGUAGUCGCUGGCGGCCGGCGGACGCACGGCCAGCGCCAGGCGGCCGUCGGCCUCGAGCAGCAGCACGGCGGAGCCCUGCGCGAGAGCGCCGCGUUCCGCCGCCAGUGCGAUCAUGUUGACGACUCGGCGCUCCACCUCGUGCGUGAUGGAGCGCGCGCCGUAGUGCACGUCGUAGCCGUCGGCCAGAGCGCCCAGCGCGCCGCCCUCCCAUCGCAGCUCGAGCCCGUGGCGCACUCGCGCCUUGUCGGCCCACCGCGCCAGCUCGCGCUGCACCAGCGUGAGCAGCUCCUGGCGCGAGAAAGGCAGGAAGUACACG